AUGUCUUGGGAAACCAUAAGCGAGGAAGCUCAGGUCGCAGUGCUGGAGUCCAUUCCCGCCCGUUGGCGGCUGGAUCUCGACAAAUACAGGUCUCUGAGGGACGUCACGAGCGUGCCCUACACAAGUGGCAUCAUGACUAGCGACCAGCUCAAGAUUACUGAACUCUCGGCGGUCAAGAUAGUAGAACGUCUUGAGUCCCGUGAGUUAAAGGCAGUGCAGGUUUUAGAGGCUUUUGCCGCCCGGGCUGCCAUUGCCCAUCAGCUGGCAUGUCAAUUGCCCUCAAAAUGGUGGGAUGGUCUCCAGCAGGCGAAAGAGCUCGACGAGUCUCUUGACAAGGGUGGUAGUUUGAAAGGACCAUUGCACGGAGUCCCUGUCGCUUUGAAGGAUUCCCAUGAAGUCGCAGGCCAUGCCGUGACAAUGGGUUACGUUGCAAGGAGGAAUAAUAUAGCUAAGCAGGAUUCUACUCUUGUAGCAACGUUGCGUGCCGCAGGUGCUGUCUUCUUCUGCAAGACAACGAUGCCUCAGUCAGGAAUGGCCUUGGAGACGGUCAGCAAUCUCUGGGGCCGAACUCUGAACCCAUUCAAUAAAGAUUUGGGAGCCGGCGGUAGUUCGGGAGGGGAUGCAACUUUGGUAGCCUUGAGAGGCAGUCCCAUCGCCCCAUCGACAGAUAUGGGGGGAUCCAUCCGUGUACCCGCCGCUUUCAACGGACUAUAUGGCAUUCGACCUACGUCUGAUCGCAUACCAAAGGGUGGCAUGCACAACACUAAUACCGGGAAUAUUACGAUUAAAUUGUCGUGUGGACCUGUCUGCCGCUCUCUUGACGACCUUGAGUUGUUUACUAGCAUCAUCAAUGCGCACCCGCGCAAUAAAUACGAUGUGACCUCCGUACCAGUUCCCUGGAGAAGCCUACCUUCUCUAGACCGCAAACUCGUGAUCGGAAUAAUGAAGUGGGAUGGGGUGGUAAUGCCUCAUCCACCGGUACUACGGGCUCUGGAACACACCAAACAGACUCUCGAGAAGGACGGACACGAAGGCGAGGUUUUCAACACCCGGGAACACUCCGCCGCAGAAGCAUUACAACUGAAUCUCAAAACGAGAGCCCUCAAAGAACAGUUCGCAGAUGCAUGGAACGACACAGUUGGCCGCACUACCUCGGGCCGUGCCAUUGAUGCACUGAUAUUGCCCCCAGCUCCUGCAGUGGGCUACCCUCAUGACUUUAAUAUCUACUGGGGAUAUACCUCGCUGUUCAACUUUCUUGAUUAUCCGUCUAUCAUCUUACCAAUUGCCAACUUCAAGGUGGAUCCUCAGCUAGACCGUGUAGAUUCCGAAUACCGACCGCUAGAAACGAAUCCCUACGACAAACCCAAUCAUGAAUUGUACGAUCCGAAUCUGUUCGCAAACCAACCGUCAACUAUCCAGAUCGUUGGACGACCUUUUGAGGAUGAAGAAGCUAUUCGAGUAGCGUCGAUCCUAGAUACACUUUUUAAGGCUCCAUAG